GCAAGACUUGUAAGAUUCAUAUACAAUAUAAAUUAAAACUCUACCCUGCACAAUUCAUCACAAACCAAAACAAACAACUUAAAUCCUUUAGUCAUAAUGAUGGUUCCCAGAGUAUUUUCUUUCCUUCAGUUUUCCACUUUCUUAUAUCUCUUCAUAGUUACUUUUGCUUCCAUUGAGGAGUCAAUUGCUCUCCUCAAAUGGAAAGCAACUUUCCUAAACCAGAAUAAUUCCUUAUUGGCUUCUUGGACAUUAAGUACCGAUGCAUGCAGGGAUUGGUAUGGAAUUAAAUGCUUAAAGGGUAGGGUAAACAUGUUGAAUAUUACAAAUGCUAGUGUCAUUGGCACACUCUAUGAUUUUCCAUUUUCAUCUCUCAUAUUUCUUGAAUAUGUUAAUCUUAGUAUGAACCAGGUCUCUGGCACCAUCCCACCCGAAAUUGGUAAGCUCACUAAUCUUGUCUAUCUUGACUUGUCCGUCAAUCAGAUUUCAGGUUCAAUCCCACCACAAAUCGGCUCACUAACCAAACUUGAGACUCUGAACAUUUUUGACAACCAUUUAAAUGGUUCCGUUCCCGUAGAAAUAGGAAAACUUGUCAAUCUUGUUGAAGCUUAUCUUGGAAAGAACCAAUUAAUAGGUCAUAUUCCUCCAGAAAUAGGUAGCUUGGUCACUGCAAAACUGUUUUAUGCUUCCUCCAAUGAAUUGUCCGGUCCCAUUCCUGCCGAAAUAGGAAAGAUGAAGUCCCUUGAGAAUUUAAGCUUAUGGAAAAAUAAUUUUUCUGGUCCCAUUCCUCGUGAGUUGGAGAAUCUGAAAAACCUCACCGAGCUGGAUUUAUCGGAAAAUCAACUUAGUGGUUCAAUUCCAAUUACUCUAGGUGACUUAACUGAGCUCAAAUUUUUGUAUCUUUAUUCUAACCGACUUUCUGGUCCCAUUCCUAGUGAGUUGGGGAGUUUGAAAAACCUCACUGAGUUGGAAUUAUCCAAUAAUCAACUUAGUGGUUCAAUUCCAAUUACUCUAGGUGACUUAACUGAGCUCCAAACUCUGUACCUUUUUUCUAACAACCUUUCUGGUCCCAUUCCUAGUGAGUUGGGGAGUUUGAAAACACUCACUGACUUGGCAUUAUACAAUAAUCAACUUAGUGGUUCAAUUCCAAUUACUCUAGGUGACUUAACUGAGCUCAAAUUUUUGUAUCUUUAUUCUAACCGACUUUCUGGUCCCAUUCCUAGUGAGUUGAGGAGUUUGAAAAACCUCACUGAGUUGGAAUUAUCCAAUAAUCAACUUAGUGGUUCAAUUCCAAUUACUCUAGGUGACUUAACUGAGCUCCAAACUCUGUACCUUUUUUCUAACAACCUUUCUGGUCCCAUUCCUAGUGAGUUGGGGAGUUUGAAAACACUCACUGACUUGGCAUUAUACGAUAAUCAACUUAGUGGUUCAAUUCCAAUUACUCUAGGUGACUUAACUGAGCUCAAAUUUUUGUAUCUUUAUUCUAACCGACUUUCUGGUCCCAUUCCUAGUGAGUUCGGGAAUUUGAAAAACCUCACUAAGUUGGAAUUAUCCAAUAAUCAACUUAGUGGUUCAAUUCCAAUUACUCUAGGUGACUUAACUGAGCUCCAAACUCUGCAACUUUUUUCUAACAACCUUUCUGGUCCCAUUCCUAGUGAGUUGGGGAGUUUGAAAAACAUCACUGAGUUGGAAUUAUCCAAUAAUCAACUUAGUGGUUCAAUUCCAAUUACUCUAGGUGACUUAACUGAGCUCAAAUAUUUGUAUCUUUAUUCUAACCGACUUUCUGGUCCCAUUCCUAGUGAGUUGGGGAGUUUGAAAAACCUCACUGAGUUGGAAUUAUCCAAUAAUCAACUUAGUGGUUCAAUUCCAAUUACUCUAGGUGACUUAACUGAGCUCCAAACUCUGUACCUUUUUUCCAACAACCUUUCUGGUCCCAUUCCUAGUGAGUUGGGGAGUUUGAAAACACUCACUGACUUGGCAUUAUACAAUAAUCAACUUAGUGGUUCAAUUCCAAUUACUCUAGGUGACUUAACUGAGCUCAAAUUUUUGUAUCUUUAUUCUAACCGACUUUCUGGUCCCAUUCCUAGUGAGUUGAGGAGUUUGAAAAACCUCACUGAGUUGGAAUUAUCCAAUAAUCAACUUAGUGGUUCAAUUCCAAUUACUCUAGGUGACUUAACUGAGCUCCAAACUCUGCACCUUUUUUCUAACAACCUUUCUGGUCCCAUUCCUAGUGAGUUCGGGAAUUUGAAAAACCUCACUGAGUUGGAAUUAUCCAAUAAUCAACUUAGUGGUUCAAUUCCAAUUACUCUAGGUGACUUAACUGAGCUCCAAACUCUACACCUUUUUUCUAACAACCUUUCUGGUCCCAUUCCUAGUGAGUUCGGGAGUUUGAAAAACCUCACUGAGUUGGAAUUAUCCAAUAAUCAACUUAGUGGUUCAAUUCCAAUUACUCUAGGUGACUUAACUGAGCUCCAAACUCUGCACCUUUUUUCUAACAACCUUUCUGGUCCCAUUCCUAGUGAGUUCGGGAAUUUGAAAAACCUCACUGAGUUGGAAUUAUCCAAUAAUCAACUUAGUGGUUCAAUUCCAAUUACGCUAGGUGACUUAACUGAGCUCCAAACUCUGCAACUUUUUUCUAAUAACCUUUCUGGUCCCAUUCCUAGUGAGUUCGGGAAUUUGAAAAACCUCACCAAGUUGGAGUUAUCCAAAAAUCAACUUUCAGGCCAUAUGCCAGACCAGCUUUGCCAAGGUGGGAAACUUGAGAAUUUCACGGUGGCUAGCAACAAGCUAACAGGUCCAAUACCACGUAGCUUGAGGAAGUGCUCUAGUUUCAAAAGGGUACACUUUAAUAACAACAGUUUUACUGGGAAUUUAUCUGUAGCUUUUGGAAUCUAUCCCGAGCUUCAGUUCAUUGAUUUGAGUGACAAUGAUUUUCAUGGUGAACUCAGCAGCAAUUGGGGGAAAUGCAAGAAUUUGAUUAAUCUGCAGGUAGCCAGAAAUAACAUUAGUGGUAGCAUACCUCCAGAGAUUGGAAAUGUCAAAGGACUUCUAGGACUUGAUCUUUCAUCAAAUCAUUUGAUUGGGCAGAUUCCUAAGGAAAUUGGAGAUUUAACCUCUCUGGUUAAGCUUUUUGCGCAAAACAACAACAUUUCUGGCAAUAUACCUGAGGAACUUAGGUCACUGACAAAAUUAGAUUCCCUUGAUCUAUCAGGCAAUAGAUUGAAUGGGUCGAUCCCAAUUUUUUUAGGAGAUUACGUGCACUUGUUUCAGUUGAAACUGAGUAACAACAAAUUUGGGCAAAAACUUCCAAAGGAGAUAGGGAGGAUAACUCAGCUUAAUAUACUUGAUUUGAGCCAUAAUCAUCUUGUUGGAGAAAUACCGCCUCAUCUAGCCAAUUUGAAGAGCUUGGUAAGCUUAAAUCUUUCCCACAAUGGCCUCUCUGGACGCAUUCCUGAAGAACUUGAAAAUUUGACUGGUUUGCAGGAUGUCGUGUUGUCAUACAAUGAGUUGGAAGGUCCAAUCCCUAAUAAUAAAGCUUUUAUCAAUGCCUCAUUGGAGGAUAAUAAAGGUCUUUGCGGAAAUGUAACAGGACUCCAGUCCUGCGAAAGGCCAUCUUCUAUGGUGAAAAAGUACUCAAUGGCAAAGGAACGUAAACUCAUCCUCAUCACUGUACUUCCUGUUAUGGGAGCACUAGUACUACUCUAUGCUUUCAUUGGAGUUCUCUUUAUAUGUGAUAAAAGAAGGAAAGUUAGAGACGUUGAAAGACGUGAUGAUGUUUGGAUUUCGAUAUCCAUGUUAGAUGGCAAGGCAUUGUACAGAGAUAUCUUAAAUGCCACAGAGGAGUUUGAUGCAACAUUUUGCAUCGGGCAAGGAGGGCAUGUAAGCGUUUACAAGGUAAACCUUCCAUCAUUAGGGAAUAUAGCUGUGAAGAGACUUCAUUCUUCAUUUGAGAAUACACAUCCCAAAAGCUUUAUGAAUGAAGUAAGGGCAUUGAUUGGCAUUAAGCACCGGAACAUCGUGCACCUCUACGGCUAUUGUUCGAAUGCACAAAACUCGUUGUUGGUUUACGAGUAUGUGGAGAGGGGAAGUUUGUCUAGUAUUUUGAGCAAUGAAGUUGAGUCCAAGAAAUUGGAUUGGCUUAAAAGAGUGAAUAACAUUUUGCUUGAUUCUGAGUAUGAAGCUCGUGUUUCAGAUUUUGGCAUAGCUAAGCUUCUCAAGCAAGACUUAUCAAAUUGCACUACACUUGCAGGCACAUAUGGCUAUGUUGCACCUGAGCUUGCAUAUACAAUGAAGGUUACACAAAUGUGUGAUGUCUAUAGCUUUGGAGUAUUAGCAUUGGAGAUUAUCAAAGGAAAGCAUCUUGGGGAAUACAUUACUGUGCUAGCAAAUUCGUCUACUAAAGAUCAUGUGCAGCUUAGUGAUUUGCUAGACGAACGCCUUCCGUAUCCUGAAGAUAGAUUAAAAGAGGUUUUGGUUUUUAUCAUCAAGCUAGCAAGUUCUUGUUUGCUUGAAACUCCAAAAUCAAGGCCAACAAUGCACUUCAUCUCUCAUAGGUUAUCAUCAAUGAAUCCACAUCCACCUACUCAUGUAACGCGAGUUAUAUAAUCCCUGAGAUGUGAGGUGUCUUUGUAUGAAAAUGAAUAAAAUUUGAAACCAAGUGGUUGUGAAGUAAGUUAUUUUGAUGAGACGGUCCAUGCCAAAAUUAUUACUGGGACUAGUACAUGUUGUUCAGUAACAUGUGGCUUGCACAUGAUUUCCAUAUAAACCUUAAGAAAAUGAAAAUCUUUUACUACUUGUUAAC